AUGCGAUGUACCCAAAACGUCGUCUCCAUCAAUCAUAAUUGCAACAACGAAGAUAAUCCUGUGGUUUUACCGACAGCCGAAGAAAUCAGUCGCCGAUGGUUGGAAAUACACAGAAAAGAAAAGGCACUCGCGUGUAAUCAAUUGAAUAUUCAAUUUCCUAAUAUGUAUCGUCUUGUUUCAACAUCACUGGAUGAAAUACUCGUCAACAAUUUUAAUCAAGAUUAUAAGAUGAAAGAACACUUCGCUCGAAUCUAUUUUUGUGCUGACUGUAAUUUUCUUGAAGAUCUACCUCGUUCAGUUACACAACAUCAAUGGCAGACCGCACUUAUUAAUACUACCAAACUAUCACAUCUUCCAUCAACUUCUCUUUACAUUCAAAUAAAUAAACAAACCAAUAAUAAAUGUAUUCUUGUUGCUGAUAAAGCAAGAAAGUGGUCAACAGUCGAUCAUCUUAAUUUCGAUGGUAAACUAAUAACAAAGAAAGGCAAUCUUACUUGUCGUCUAUUGAUUUAUCGUGUUCCACAGACAUUUUCUAUUCAAACUAUAAUGAAGCAUCAACGUUUUGGUGGUAAAAUAACAAAUUAUAAACGUAACGCUGAUAAUGUCAUUCUUGAAAUAUCAGAUAUGAAUAUUUUUGAUGAUUGCGUGAAACAUAAAGCUCUUCGUAUUGAUGGAAAGCUCAUGUUUCACAUGGAAGUAAGUGAUUCUUUAUAUCAUUCGAAUAGAUUGAAUUUUUAUCAAAGAAAACCUGCCUAG